AUGUCCACCCCAGACCUUCCAGCCUACAAAGCCGACUUCCUGUCCGCCUGUCUACGCGGCUCCGUCAUUCAAUUUGGCUCCUACACCCUCAAAUCCGGCCGCACGGGCUCCCCCUUCUUCUUUAACGCCGGUCUUUUCCUAACCAAUGCAUCCCUCUUCCACUCAAUCCAGACAGCCUACGCCCAAACUCUUCUCCAAUCCACAGUCUCUCACCCAGACUUUGGCUUCGACGUCCUAUUCGGGCCCGCCUACAAGGCUAUUCCUCUCGCUGCAGCUACAUUCUCAGAGCUCGCUAGAUUGGAUGGGGCAAAAUUUGGGCACGUUGGUUGUGCUUUCAAUAGGAAAGAGGUGAAGGUUCACGGCGAUGGUGGAAGCUUGGUGGGAGCAAAAUUGGAGGGCAAAAGGGUAGUGGUGCUAGAUGAUGUUCUCACGGUGGGUACAGCGGUGAGGGAAUCUGUGGAUAUUAUAAAAGCGCAGGGAGGAACCCUCGCGGGAAUUGUGAUUGCUUUAGAUCGAAUGGAGAAAUUGCCAUCUACAAAAGAAGGGGAAGAGGCACCAAAUAUUAGUGCCAUUGCGCAAAUGCGAAGAGACUUUCAAGUGCCAGUACUGAGCAUCAUCUCGGUGCUUGACCUUGUAGAAGUCCUCAGAGCGAGUGGAAGCGAAGGCGAUUUGCAGCGGAUCAUUGAAUAUAGGAAGUUAUGGGGAACUGAGGAAUGA